CCGUGAUAUUGUUUUCCGGUGGGCUAGACUCUCAAAUCGCCUUACGGUUGUGUAGACAUCAACGCGUUUUUCUAUGUCCGUGUGGGAAUCUGCUUCUGUAAACGCACGAAGAGAUACGGAGAAGGACUCGCUACGAGUUGUCAUUUAUUUCUACCACCAAGUGUAACACGCCACGCUAAAAGACGCCAGGCUUUGCUCUCAGUCGAAAGACAUACUUUUCCCCCCACCUUGGUCCUGUGAUCGAGGGGUUGUAGCUGACCUGUGACAAAGAUUUUUGUUGCGAUUUGGUUUUUGGAGGAUACGACGCAAAGAUGCCGAAACCGAUCAAUGUUCGUGUGACCACCAUGGAUGCAGAGUUGGAGUUUGCCAUUCAGCCAAACACCACUGGAAAGCAGCUUUUUGAUCAGGUUGUAAAGACAGUGGGCUUACGGGAAGUUUGGUUCUUUGGCCUCCAAUAUGUGGACAGCAAGGGUUACAUAACUUGGCUCAAACUCAAUAAAAAGGUUACCCAGCAAGAUGUGAAGAAAGAGAACCCACUCCAGUUUAAGUUCAGAGCCAAGUUCUUUCCUGAGGAUGUUUCAGAGGAGCUCAUCCAGGAGAUCACCCAAAGACUCUUUUUCCUUCAAGUGAAAGAGGCCAUCCUGAAUGAUGAGAACUACUGUCCCCCGGAAACAGCAGUGUUACUUGCCUCAUACGCAGUGCAGGCCAAAUAUGGAGACUACGCCAAGGAUGUUCACAAGCCUGGAUACCUCACACACGACCGACUGCUGCCUCAGAGAGUCCUGGAGCAGCACAAACUAACCAAGGAGCAGUGGGAGGACAGAAUCCAGACAUGGCAUGAAGAACACAGGGGAAUGCUCAGGGAGGACUCUAUUAUGGAGUAUUUAAAAAUUGCCCAGGACUUGGAGAUGUACGGAGUCAACUACUUUGAAAUUAAAAACAAAAAGGGCACACAGUUGUGGCUGGGCGUGGAUGCACUCGGUCUUAACAUCUAUGAGCACGAAGAUAAGUUGACUCCAAAGAUUGGCUUCCCCUGGAGUGAGAUUCGAAACAUCUCUUUCAACGACAAGAAGUUUGUUAUCAAACCCAUUGACAAGAAAGCACCCGACUUUGUGUUUUACGCUCCUCGACUACGCAUCAACAAACGCAUUUUGGCGUUGUGUAUGGGUAACCAUGAGCUGUACAUGAGGAGGAGAAAGCCUGACACCAUUGAGGUGCAGCAGAUGAAGGCUCAGGCUCGAGAGGAGAAGCACCACAAGCAGAUGGAGAGGGCCCAACUGGAGAACGAGAAAAAGAAGCGAGAGGCUGCAGAGAAGGAGAAAGAGAGGAUCGAGCACGAGAAGGACGAACUUAUGGAGAGGCUGAGACAAAUUGAAGAGCAGACAAUGAGAGCACAAAAAGAGCUUGAGGAGCAGACUCGUAGGGCCUUGGAGUUGGAGCAAGAGCGUAAGAAAGCACGAGAAGAGGCCGAGAAGUUGGAGAAGGAAAGACAAGCAGCUGAGGAGGCUAAAAGCGAGUUGGCCAAACAGGCUGCGGACCAGCAGAAGAACCAAGAACAACUGGCUGCUGAGCUUGCCGAGUUUACAGCCAAGAUUGCUCUCCUUGAGGACGCCAAGAAGAAGAAAGAAGAUGAAGCCACAGAAUGGCAGCACAAGGCUAUGUCAGCCCAGGAGGAUCUGGAGAAGACCAAAGAGGAGCUGAAGACCGCCAUAACCCCUAUGCCAACCCCUCUGGGCGGCCACUCUGAGAGCGAGCAUGACGAGCAGGAUGAGAACCACGCCGAAGCUAGUGCCGAGCUUUCCAACGAGGGCGUCAGCCAGCUGGAUCUGCGCAGUGAGGAAGCUCGCGUCACUGAAGCACAGAAGAACGAGCGGGUCAAGAAGCAGUUACAGACUUUGAGUUCGGAGUUGGCGGAAGCCAGAGACGAAACCAAGAAGACCCAGAACGAUGUCCUGCACGCCGAGAAUGUCAAAGCGGGUCGAGACAAGUACAAAACGCUGCGUCAGAUCCGACAAGGCAACACAAAGCAGCGCAUCGAUGAGUUUGAGUCAAUGUGAAUAGACCUCUUUGCCCCGCCUUCUACUUUUCUCCUGAACAGCCGCACACUUUUUUUAAUGGACAAUUGAUGCCGCUGCCCUUUUCGUCCCCUCAGACCCAAACCCAACGUCAUCCCCUGCUUGCCAAAGUUGUAUUUCUCAUGCCCUGCAGAAGAAUUUCAAUGUGGAACUCAGAUUACGUGUGGGAAGACAGUGUAGGCAAAAAGAAAAAAUGACAUCGCUUACUUGAGCUUGAGUGCACGUCUCCUUCAAGAUUGCCUGCCCUCUUUUUGUUUUAAGUUCCUUUUGCUUUUUCUUUCAUUUUAUCGCUUGUUUUUAGUUGCCUGCCCCAAAUGCUGAGGCUAAAUCAAGCAAACCCGGCGAUUAGGGAGUCUAAUUACUUCGGGAAUGUUAUAUUGAUUAUUAAAUGCGACCAGUGUUGUCUCCUAAAGCUCAUAUAGCUGAGGUCAAUGAUGUAAAAAAAGUUGAGUAGUAUUUACGUUCAAACUGGAUUUCUAGACAUGUGAAAUAUUUUUUGUUGGGAAAAGAGACACCUGACCUGUCACCUGUCAGGUGUCGAUGGAUGAAUGUAGCAAAGGUGACAAAGGGAAAGUAUGUUACACACGCAGCUGGAAAGUGUUGCUCGUUGCAUCCCAGUGUUAGGUGUGCAGUCACUAUGGAGCGUUUGUGUGUCUGCAUCACUUUGUGUGCAAGUGGAAAUGUGGCAGCUGGCCGGGGAGCUCGGAAAACAUCAAAUCUACCUCUGGCAUGUCCUUUCCCCCCCCCCGCCCCAAAAAAAGGAGGUGGCCUUAGACAAACAAGAAGAUAUACUGAAGACAUAAUGUUGUCCAAGAUGGCUUAAGGCGACUGCAUUGGAUGGAAUGUUUGCGUUUGGACCUGGUGUGUGCUCAAAUGUUACCUGUUACAAAGAAUUGUGAGAAAUCCCUUUAAAGUCUCAAUUCAAGUUGAACACCGUCCCUGCGCAUUGGAUAAGGAUGCAUGUUUAAAAUGAAUUAACUUUGAAGAUAAUGUGUUUUCUUUUUAUUGCACAGAGCAAAGCUUUCAUGGUUGUAUUUGUUACGCAAAACUGGACAGCUGGUGCAGGUUAGGAAUUUUUAAUAGUCAAAGGGUUUUUAAAGCACUUUGCCUGCCCUUUGUUUAUGAAUAUGUUUGCCAAUCGUAGGUACAAAUGGUAAUGUGCUUCCAGGCCAUUUUUUGAGUUCCGUUCACAAAGCCUAAACCAGCCCGCGUAUGGUUAACACGUAUCACUUUCAUCGUAUCGAGGUUGGUUUAUGAAAGUAGGCUUCAGUUAAAUGUUUUUUGGCCUCACCAUGAUAUGAUGUUCUGGCACCAGCUGUCACAGUGUGCCGUUAUUCCUUUCAGAGUCAAUAUGUUUAUGUUAGAAGAUUGUAAGAUAUGGUUUGCUGGAUUACCAAUAAAAUAUUUUAAAUUUCA